GAACCGCGAGAGUUGAGCUGUUGCAUCAAACCCUCGUCGCCUUCUCUCCCCGGCUAGCUGUUGCAUCUGAGAUCGCCGGCGGCGUCGGCAGCCAUGGGCGGCGACUGGCAGGAGCUGGCCCAGUCCGCGGUCAUCGGCCUCAUCUUCGCCUUCCUCGUCGCCAAGCUCAUCUCCGUCGUCCUCGCCUUCAAGGAGGACAACCUCCGCAUCACCCGCUCCGCCCCGGCUCCCCCGGCCGCGCCCUCCCCCUCCGCCCCGCCGGACGACGCUCCUGGACCUUACCACGCGGCGGACCCACUGCUCGACGGCAGCGGCUCGAGCGACAGCGACUGGGAGGGCGUGGAGAGCACGGAGCUGGACGAGGACUUCAGCGCCGCGUCCGCCUUCGUCGCGGCCUCCGCCGCCUCCGGCACCAGCGUCCCCGACGAGGCGCAGCUCAGGCUCUACGGCCUCUACAAGAUCGCCACCGAGGGGCCCUGCACCGCGCCGCAGCCCUCCGCCCUCAAGCUCAAGGCCCGCGCCAAGUGGAAUGCUUGGAAUAAAUUGGGUGCUAUGCCUACAGAAGAAGCUAUGGAGGAGUACAUUACAAUUGUUGAUGAGCUAUUCCCUAACUGGGCUGAUGGUUCCAGUGCAAAAAAGAGAGACGGGGAUAGCACAAUGUCUGCCUCGGGAUCGAAGGGACCAAUGGGGCCUGUAUUCAGCAGUUUAAUGUACGAGGAAGAUCAGGGAACUGAAACAGAACUUGGUGACAUCCAUGUUUCAGCGAGGGAAGGAGCAAUUGAUGAUGUAAAGAAGCAUCUGUCUGCUGGUGUACAAGUCAACAUAAGAGAUAGUGAAGAGAGAACUCCAUUACACUGGGCUGUGGACCGUGGCCAUCUAAAUGCUGUCGAGGUUCUUGUCAAUUCAAAUGCUGACGUCAAUGCUCAGGACAAUGAAGGGCAAACGGCACUUCACUACGCCGUCCUCUGCGAGAGAGAAGACAUUGCCGAACUGCUCGUCAAGCAUCAGGCCGAUCUCCAGAUCAAGGAUGGCGACGGGAACACGCCACGGGACCUAUGCUCCUCGGCCUGGCCUUUCAUGAAGCCGGCUAACUGACUGGCACGAUGCACUUGGUGACACGUCAUUGGCACAUUGCUGCUACCAACAAAGUUGAAACACACUGUAUGCUUGAUUAGCUGAAUCAGAUGAGCUGUUUUACUAACCUCAUCGAAUACAUAUAGGCUGUUGCCAAAACUCUAAAGAUGCUGCAGUACGUGC